AUGCGCACGCUCACCUUUACCAACCGCGAUGUCCUGAAUACUACCCUCGUUCCCAACGACGAGGGCGAGCAUCCGUACGCCAUUGAGACGGUGCGGUCUAGGAGCGGCGAGAAGAUCACAAUUGUGAGCGGCACCUCGCCCGCCGCGUCAAUAUACUGGAACGAGCACUACUUCGUUAUGGGCAGCGAGUCGCUGCCUGUUAAGAGCCUGGAGCAUGAUGUAUGGGUGAAAGGAAGAUACACAAGCGCGCGAGCUUGGCGGUGGAGUAAAUUCGAGUAUGAAGUGGAUUAUGCGGAAGGAGGGUGGACGGUGGGUUACAUGGUCAACUCUGUUCGUGUGCUUCGUGCUGAGGCAGCCCAGGUCAAAGACGUCCUGUCCUCGCACCCAGACACUACAGUCGCGUACUUGCGCUCUGCGCGUACGCAUCUUUUGCACAAGACCGAGCCUGCACAAUUGAUAGUCAAGCCUGACGUUUCGUCGGAAGGGUUCGCGUUCUUGUUAUUGGCGCUCAUUUACUCAGAGUGGCGCCGGCUGGAGGUGCUGGGCGACAACAGAAGGGGUCUGCUAGCGGUGGCGCCGGCCGGCGCGUUUUGCUGA